CAGGUCCAGAAAGGUGGACCACUGGCUCAAAGCUAUACUUUUCAUAGCAUUUUAAAAUAAAUCCAUGUUCACCUUCCUGCCUGACUGUCACAAUAUUAGAUCAACUCAUACAUUACCUAAUUAAUUAGAUCAACUAAAGUUUUAUAAAUGGCUGAAUUAGAAAUUCAGUUGUCUGAACAGUUACUUGACUAUGCUUUUGAGUGCCUAUGGGGACCCCUGGAGGAUAAGCAGUGAAUUACAAGUUUAAAUCCCUGCAGGUCACAUGGUGGAGACAUACUGGUGGCCCUACAUAUGGUCUUGUAUGUGAUGGAGAAUGUAUCUAUUAAUGCUAAAUGACACUGAGCACAUACCUUACCUUCAUCAGGGGGAAAACCAAAACCUGUUAUUACCCAGAAUGCCCCCAGUAGAGCGAUGUACACAGGAGAGAGAGUCACCCUGAGCUGUGGGUUUGAGGGAGAUCCUGCUGGCUGGGAGUAUCUCUGGUACAAAGACCCACUGAGACACACUGUGCCCAACACUGACAGCAGCAGGACUGAUGGGUCCAGUUUCACCAUCAGCUCUGCUGCUCUGGCCCACAGUGGAGAGUACCGCUGUAGAGCUGCAAGAGGAAGAAAACCUUUUUACUCAGACUACAGUGAUCCUCUGACUUUAGAAAUAUCUGUAUUACCUCAAACAUAUCUGAUCGUACAGUCUGGAUGGACAGAGGUCUUCCCCAAUGAAACAGUGACUCUGAGGUGUGUAAUUCAGGGCAGCUCUGCAGAGUGGAAGUAUAAAUGGUACAGAGAUGGACGGGAGCUUCCUGUAGACAAGGCUAACUCGAGCAGUGUAAAUGGAGACACAUACACAAUCCUCUCUGCUGAUCAGUCACAUGCUGGACUGUACACCUGCAGAGGAGAACUUACAAGGAGAGCAUCUGUGCACUCUCUGAUUGGCAGCUCUGCUACAUUGACUGUACGAGCUUUGCCUCAGGCGGUAGUGACCCUGGAUGAAGGAUGGAUGGGGGUCUUGAUCACUAAAGGCACUCUAGCAAUGAAUUGUGAGCUUCAGGGCUUUACUUCUGCUGACUGGAACUACACGUGGUACAGAGACGGAACCCAGAUCUCAUUAAACCACACUGGAGAGAGGCACACAGUGGGAUUCUGGGAUAGCUCCUCUGAUGGUGAAUAUAGAUGCAGUGGGAACAGGACAGACAGACCGUACUACUCCCUUAUCAGUGAAGGCUUCAUGACAAGCAAUAUCAGUAAGUUCAAUUUAUAAUUGAGACCCAAGUGAAGGGUUACAUCCAUUGUACC